UUUCAUAGAAAAGUAACACGACUCAUUCCAAAUUUUGAACAGCCUGUGCGCUCAAAGCAAAGACAGUCACGUUCCAAAUGAACUGACAGUACAGCUGACGUUAUUGCCAGAUACGAGUUUUGACUUUACUUUCCUAAAUGUUGACUGACGACGAGUAUGAUUACCUCUUCAAACUUGUGCUGAUUGGAGAUUCCGGUGUCGGAAAGUCCAACAUCUUGUCUCGUUUUACCACGAACGAGUUCAAUCUCGAGUCAAAAAGUACCAUUGGUGUGGAAUUUGCAACCAAAAACGUUUCCAUUGAUGGCCACACUGUUAAAUGCCAGAUAUGGGAUACUAGUGGCCAGGAACGUUACAGAGCCAUCACUGGAGCGUAUUAUCGAGGAGCAGUCGGAGCUCUUCUUGUCUACGACAUUACUCGACCAACGUCUUUCCAAAAUGUAUCACAUUGGCUGAAGGAACUUCGCGAUCACGCUGAUGAGAAAAUCGUCAUCAUGCUGGUUGGAAACAAGCUGGAUCUGUCUGAAACAUCAAGGGCUGUGCCCACUGAAGAAGGAGGUGCUUUAGCUGAAACCCAAGACUUUCUCUUUAUGGAAACAUCGGCAUUGGACGCUACCAAUGUUGAUAAUGCGUUUGCCACUAUUUUUGAUGAAAUUUACAAGAUUAUCCCUAAAAAGACCACUGCAACUGAAGAGCAGUCAACUAAAAACAUUGGGGAUCGAGUUAUUUUAAGACCUCCUAGUAUCAGAGGAGAAGGAGGAGAGGAUGCUGAGUCGAGACUGAGAAGUAGAAGAGAAGAACAAAAGAAAGCUGGAGGUGGCUGUUGCUAGCUGACACUAUUUUAUAUGAUUUGAUCUUGAAGAUCGUUCGAUCAGUCGUAUUAUUCAAUACCUUACAGUAA